AUGUCAUAUAAAUCUGACACCCCCAACCCCUUCCCUGCUCCCCCCCAUCCCCUUCCCUGCUUUCCCCCUUCCCCUUCCCUGCUUCCCCCCGUCCCCUUCCCUCCUUCCCCCGUCCCCCUCCCAGCAUCCCCCCAUUCGCUUCCCUGCUCACCCCCAUCCCCUUCCCUGCUCCCCCCCAUCCCCUUCCCUGCUUCCCCCUAUCUCCUUCCCUGCUUCCCCCUAUCGCCUUCCCUGCUCACCCCUGCUCCCUCUGUUUCACCCUUGCUCCCUCCCCUUCUUCUCUGCUCACUCUCUUCCCCCUUGCUCACUCUCUUUACUUCUGCUCACUCUGUUCCCCCCUGCUUCCUCUCUUCCCCUCUGUUCAAUCUGUCCCCCGCUGCUUCUUCUCUUCCCCUCUGCUCAUUCCGUUUACUGUCUUUCCCCCUUCACUCACCCCCAUACCCCCCAAUGCAGUUACAGGUGCUCAGCACCAGAU